AUGAUCGUAUUCGAGGCCGAACCUCUCUUCUAUGGUUUCUUGUCGAUCACAGUAGUAUCUUUAUUAUCUCUCUCAGGACUAAUAUUUUUGCCAUUUUUGAAAGGUAAAUGGCGUAAUAGAUGGAUGCAAAUAUUCAUUGCUCUCGCAGUAAUUGGAGUUCAUAACCACGUUCAUCAACAUCAUGAACACCAAAUUCGAAACGAUCACAAUGACUUUGUAAUUCCAACCAAUCAUUCAAGUCAUGAUAAACAUCACGAUAAUCACGAGAAACACCUUCAUAGUCAUGAUUAUGAUUAUCAUGAUCGUGACCAUAUUCAUCAUGAUCAUGAUCAUCAUGACUGUGAUCACAGCCAACAUAAACAUGACCAUGAUCAUGAUCAUCACCAUCAUCACGAGAUGCCCGAAAAAGCAAACGAGCACAAUGAUGAUCAUACAGUAUUAUUGAAAAUGAGUAUUGUAUUGGGAGCAGCUUAUGUUCUUUAUCUACUCGAAUUUAUCUCGUCCUUACCGAUUUGGAAAGUCAAAAAUAAAGUCGUCCAUCCAGAACACACUGCGACAUCUAUUACAGUAUAUCCAGAUAAAUGGACCGGAAGUGAGAAGUUACGUAAAAACAUCAAAAAAAAGUCGUUUGAUUCCUUGAGCAGUGAUAACGAUGAUCCAGUGAUAGUAUGUGGUCUUAAAAGUACUGCAUUUGUGAUAAUAUUCGGUGAUGCAAUUCAUAAUUUUAUUGAUGGAAUUGCUGUUGGUGCAAGUUUUAUUAUUUCAAAUCAAGUUGGCUUUGCAACAAGUCUCGCAAUAGCAUUUCACGAACUACCUCAUGAAUUAGGUGAUUUUGCGGUGCUGCUCGAAUCAGGCUUAUCAGUUCCACGAGCAAUUGUACUGAAUUUUGUUUCUGCAUUAACAGCUUACUUGGGAUUAAUUGCUGGUCUAGCAGCUAUAAGUGUUCAUAAUGCCGUAGAAAUAUUAUUAGCUAUUACUGCAGGAAUGUUUUUGUAUGUCGCAUGGCUUGACAUGUUGAUACAUUUGAAAAGGGAAGCAACAUGCAAACACGACAAGUGGUAUAUAACAUUGACCCUUCAGAAUAUUGGAUUCCUGCUAGGAUUUGCAGUGAUGUUCGCAAUUGGAUGGUAUGAAGAAUUUCUCAUAUCACUUUGA